AUGCCGCUGCUCUCGUCCAAAACUCUCAUUCAGGCCCAUGCCGUGUUCACAGUUGUCAUUGCCGGCUAUCUUUUGAAGAACCCGGCCGUCAUCACCGACUCUGAUAUUGUAUUCAUGAUGGGCGAGGCCCUCCAAAUUGACUUCCCUGCCCCUACCACACCCACCUCCUCACCCUACGUGAUCUGCUCCGUUCUCCUCUUCGUCGCCGCUGCCGUCGACAUCGUCCUCCUCACAAGCCUCCCCUUCCACGACGCCUUGAACGAUGCCCUGCCCUACAUCCGACCGCUGCGAAACUCCAACCUCCCCGCGGAGGAUCUGCAGGCCUUGGCCAGACUGCCCGAAUACAUCACCAAGUCUUUGACCAUGUACUGGAACAUUUGGGUGGCGGUCUCCGCCGUGCGCUUUGCGCUGUACGGCGCUCUGUCGUUUUAUAUCUAUCAGGCUCGUGGGAGUUACAUGGUGGCCUCGUAUGCUGCGAAGACGGCACCUACGGGCUUGGCGCAGUUGAAGAGUCGAGUGGUCUUUACCUUUGCUUUCAUGGAGAUGAUGGUUUGGUUCUGGGUAUUUUUCACUUGCCGCGAGGAACGUCAGCAGCGACUGUCUAAGAUGCUGGAGGACGCGCGCGAGGAGACUCGCUAG